AUGCUUCUUCGGAAUGAGAACUCCUGUACGCUGGCUGACCCAGUUGUUGAGCACCUCCACAUUUUGCGGGUCAAUCGACGAAGAGUAUUAUCCAAGAUCGCGUAUACUACUCUGCCUCUUGACACGCCCGUCGAAGAGGAGACGUUGGCCUACUAUAAACCUGAGUAUUACUAUCCCGUUAAGAUUGGCGACGUAUACGAGACCCGGUAUCUGGUUACCGGUAAGCUCGGCUAUUGGGCGUAUUCCACAAGCUGGCUAUGCCGGGAUCUCCAGAACGACCAGUAUAAAGUGCUGAAGGUGUCUACAUCGCUGCCAUCAUUUCCGACCGCAUCAGGUCGCGAGCUUAAGAUCUAUGAGCAUCUAGCCAGAGUCAAUUCUACGCAUCCAGGUCAAGCGCUGAUCCGCGAGCUUUAUGAUUCCUUCGACCUUCACGGACCUGCCGGGCAACACAUGACCUUGUUGGAAAUGAUGGGGCUUAACUCCAGGCCGUUUAACCUGCCUCUUCUCAAAAUGACGGUGAAGCGUCUGCUUCUGGCCCUGGACUUUUUACACACCGAAGCUAAUGUCAUCCACACUGACAUCAAGACGGACAACCUAAUGCUGAGUCUCGAGGACGACGGCAUGCUGGCGGACUUUGCGAGAGCCGAAGCAGAGGAUCCCAGCCCUCGAAAGCAGGUUGAUGAGUCUUGUAUGAUCUAUCAGAGUCGGCUCCGUCGACCCGCCAUCGAUAUCUGGAACCUGGCAGGCUUGAUAUGGGACCUUUUCGAAGGGGAGCAUUUGUUCGAAGAUACUUUCGAUGCCAAAGGCGGCCACGACCCGUUCAAGCAUCUGGCACGUAUGGUCGCCUUGAUCGGGCCGCCGCCAGAGGAAUUCAUUCGCCGCAGUGAAACGACCGAACAGUGUUUUGACCCUAGUGGCGCCUGGGUUGCCCAUGAAGAAGCAGUUGUGCCAAUGAUCUCCUUAGGGAGCCUAAAAAAGCGACUCGCAGGGGAAGAGAAGGCGGAGUUCAUCCAAUUCAUGAUGUCAAUGCUGAAGUGGCUACCAGAGGAACGCAAGACAGCGAAGCAGCUGCUCGGGGACCCGUGGCUAUUUUGA